UACAGGAGAUGACCAGAGACUGCGGACAUACUACAGGAAAUGACCAGAGACUGUGGACACAGUACAGGAGAUGACCAGAGACUGCGGACAUAGUACAGGGAAUGACCAGAGACUGCAGACAGUACAGGAGAUGACCAGAGACUGCGGACACAGUACAGGGGAUGACCAGAGACAGCGGACACAGUACAGGGGAUGACCAGAGACAGCGGACACAGUACAAGGAAUGACCAGAGACUGCGGACACAGUACAGGAGAUGACCAGAGACUGCAGGCAGGGGAUGACCAGAGACUGCGGACACAGUACAGG